AUGCGUGCCGCCGCUUUGAUCGGCGCCUAUAACGUCUCAAUCAUCGACAUACCGGUGCCGGUACUUCAAAAUGCUACGGAUGCUAUUGUCCGCAUCACUGCGUCCGCCAUCUGCGGUUCCGACCUGCAUUAUUACCAUGAGGGCCUUGGAUCUCCUGAAAACCCAGUUCCUAUUGGCCAUGAAGCUAUUGGUUACGUCGAGGCGAUUGGUGACGCCGUGCAAGGGCUGCAAGUCGGCGACUACGUUGUUAUCCCAGACAACGUAGACGACGGCCAUUUCAACUUUGGCCCUGAACUGCCUCUCUCAUAUGGUGGACUUCAGCUUGGAGGCCUUCAGGCUGAAUACGCUCGAGUCCCGUUUGCGGAUGAUAGCUUGAUUCCCGUUCCAGUCAAUGCAAGCACAGACGCUAGCACUAUAUUCAACUACCUUUUCGUAUCUGACAUCUUCGCAACUGGAUGGACCGUCCUCGAUUUUGCCGGAUUCCAACCGGGUGAUACGGUAGCAGUAUUUGGCGCUGGUCCUGUCGGGCUUCUGGCCGCGUACUCUGCACUCCUCCGUGGCGCGUCAAAGGUGUACUCCAUCGAUCGUGUUCAGGCUCGCCUUGACCUUGCAGAGUCAAUUGGAGCUAUACCAAUCAAUUUCAACCAGACUGAUCCUGUGGAGCAGAUCCUAGCUCUGGAACCAAACGGAGUUACUCGAAGCGUGGAUUGUGUAGGGUAUGAAGCUGUGAAUGCCCAGGGCGAGAUCGAGUUGGGCAUCGUUCUCCGCAAUAUGAUCAGCAUUACCAGUGACUAUGGCGGUGUGGGAGUCGUCGGAGUUUACCUUGGAGAGGAAACAACAACAAUGUCGAUGACCCAAUUCUGGCGCAAGGCUUUAACUAUGGGCAGCGGUAUUGUCCUACCGUUGCAGCACGCCACCGAGUUGGUCCAGUUAAUCGCUAGUGGCCGAGCUGCUCCGAGUUUCAUUGUCAGCGCAACCAUUGGUAUCGAAGAGGUGCCGGAGUACUACCGUCGCUUUGACCAGCAGCUCGAGACGAAGGUUGUGAUAGAAUUUCCCUAG